GCCGAGGAUGAGCCCCGGAGGUGGUCCCGCGGCUGGGCGGGGGUGAGCGGAGGGCUGGCGGGCGGCCGCAUCCCCUCUGAGACCUUGACGCUUCGGCAGGUGGCCGGCGCGGGGCCGGGAGGCGCGGGCUGGCGCGCUCAGGAUGCCCGGCCGGAGCGGGGGUGAGUGGGCUGGAGAGCCGGAUGGCCGGGCGGAGGACGGGGGCCGGCUCGGGGCGGCGGGGCGGAGAGCCGCUCCGCGCAACAGGAUGCGCUGACCUUGGUUCGCGGGGCUGUGUUGGUUUUCCUAGGCAGCUAUCCCAGAAUCAUGGUGGUUGGCAUGUUUUCUGCCUCUGUCUGGUUAUGACCAGCUGUUCAAACUUCAGGAAACUCUGGAAUUGUGCCUUACAUGAAUGCAUCAGAAUGCCAUACAAAGAACUCACAAGGGACAAGAGAAGGCAUCCUGGAGAUGAAGUGCGAAUCCUGAAUCAGCAGAAUGUGAAGCCCAGAGAUGAGCAGUAACUACUGCAACAACGCGUCAGUGAGCAUGAGUGUCAAUGAGGUGUCCAGUUUUCCACUGACCCUGGAGCAAAAAACCGGUUUUGCCUUUGUCGGGAUCCUGUGUGUCUUUCUGGGACUUUUGAUCAUCCGAUGCUUCAAGAUCUUAUUGGACCCCUAUAGCAGUAUGCCCUCUUCCACAUGGGAGGAUGAGGUUGAAGGGCUCGAUAAAGGAACAUUUGAAUAUGCUCUUGCAUGAAACAAAAUCCCCAAAGAGUAUCCUGCCUUAAUUCUGAUUUUUUCCCCCCUGAAGCGGUAGAAUUCGAAACAGGCGGCCUUUGUAAUUGACACCCAUGUUUUGAAGCUAUGGUGGCAGCAUUUUUUGGUUAAAUAAAGCUUUGUGGCAGACUCAUG